UCUCACCGCCGCCAACACCCUUGCCGUCGCCCCGGACACCGCGAUAUUCCCGUGACCUCGUUGCGAUGGCCACUCCCGGCAAGCCCGACCCGGCCGCUGUGCCGCCGAAAGCGCCGCAGCCGCAGCCGCAGCCACCGGUGAAGGGGGCUAUCAUGCGCCGCGUCUUCCCUUUAUGUAUUUGCAAAGACCUACAAACGAGACCAGGACAAGAAAAAUGCUGAGACCGCAGCAGCAGCAGCAGCUGCAGCAGCAUUGUCAGCCCCACCUGCUGCAGUUGCUAAGCAUGCAGAGCCUGCUCCUCCGCCGAAAAGAGUACUCCCACCUUUAUCCGAAGAUGAGCAGCGCAAGGUCUACAAGUGGAUGCUGGAAGAGAAGCGGAAGAGCAAACCACGUGACGCUGCUGAGAAGAGCAAAAUCAAUGAGGAGAAGGCUCUUCUCAAGGAGAUCAUCAGGGCAGAGUCUCUCCCUCGUUUGUGGUGAUUUCAUCAGUUCUCCUGCUGGCCUUGGAUGUCUUUUCUCCCCCUGCAAUUCCAGCAAGGGUAUAUUUUAUUGUCAAUCUAGCGCUGUUAGCUGGCACAAAUAGUAUGGCUUGGCGUGAUGAUACGUCGACAUUUCGUAGCCAAAUUUUUUGAGUAACUCCAGUCUCUAGGAAACGGUUGCCUUUUAGAUGCAAAAUUAUGAUGGUGGAGUCUAUUCUGGAGAUAUUCUCGCGCACACUAAAUGAUUGCUCCAAAACCAAGGGGCUGUUUUGUUCG